AUGACUCGUUCACGUCGAAUCCUAUUGAGCUCCUCUACUUCCUUAACAGAUAAUUUGCAGCGACCGCAGAACUCGAAAUGGGCCAUGCUGUACCGAAAUGGUCAAGCGCAUGUCCUGAACAAAGCGCUUGAGGCUGCCGAGUCAGUCCUUGAAGAACUCGUGACCCCUCUAAACAAAGUUCGAUGGCAAGAUCUGGGUCACGGUAAGCCGGAUAGUACUACCGUCAUUGAUGAGGCAGGUCUGUCAUCGGAUCAACUGCUGGGUGUUCCAGAUAUCUCUGAAGAGACGCCGCACCUGCCCGUCGCUCUUCGCGAUCUUGUCGAAGUCAUCUUUGUUUUGGUUCUGGCAACCCAGGCACGCUCCGCGAGAAUGACGAAGAAGUCCUUUUCCUGGCUCUUUUUCUUGUCCAUGAGAGGUACAAGCAGGGGAAACAAUCAUACUGGGCCGAGUGGUUGGAGAAAAUGGCCGUCAAACACGCCGAAUCAACAAACAGUCAUGGUAAUGACGAUGACGAUGAAGAAGAGCAAGGACGAAAGCGAGUGA